AUGAGGAAUCUUGACCGUGGAUUGCUCAUUGCUAUUGAUGAACUGAUUCUCCGGGACUCCUUUCUCAAGCAACACUCCCAGUCUAUUCGAGCUGUGGUAGGAAAUGGGGUGCACGGGGCUGAUGCCGCCUUGAUUGACUUACUACCAAAUUUAGAGAUCAUAGCAAGUCAUAGUUCUGGCUUGGAUAAGAUUGACUUAGUUAAGUGUCAGGAAAGGGGAAUCAGAGUCACAUAUGCCCCGGGUUCUUCAGCCGAGGAGGUAGCCGACUUGGCGAUACUACUUGCAAUGGCAACUUUGAGAAGAAUUUGUGAAGCUGAUCGCUUUGUGAGGAGUGGGGAGUGGAAGAAACGUGACUUCAGACUGACCUCUAAGUUUAGCGGAAAAUCAGUAGGUAUUGUCGGUCUGGGCAGAAUAGGCUCAGCCAUUGCAAAGAGGGCUGCAGCUUUUGGCUGUCCAAUCAGUUACCAUUCACGUUCAGAGAAAAAAGAUUCGUGCUAUAAAUACUAUCCAAAAGUCAUCGACUUGGCAGCCAACUCCCAGAUUCUUAUGCUUUCAUGUGCAUUAACGAGUGAAACUCGUCACAUUAUCAAUCGUGAAGUUAUUGAUUCACUGGGUCCAGAAGGAGUUCUUAUUAACAUUGCAAGGGGACCUCUCAUUGAUGAACCGGAGCUGGUCUCUGCACUCCUUGAGGGCCGUUUAGCAGGAGCAGGACUUGAUGUGCUUGAAAAUGAACCUGAUGUACCUGAGCAGUUUAUUGAGCUCGAUAAUGUAGUCCUUUCCCCUCAUGUUGGAGCAUGCACAGUGGAAACGAGAAAGCUAUUGGCUGAUGUUGUCAUAGCAAACUUGGAGGCACAUUUUCUGAAAAAGCCACUACUAACUCCAGUUAUCUGA